AUGCGCAUUUUAGCCGGCAAUUCUUAUGCCAAAUUCUUUAAGGAUUUGCGUCAUAUUCCUGAUCUCGAACACCAUAGAAUUGUUCUUAAUUGCAAUCCUGCUCUUGAUCAGCGUAUAUAUAAUCUUCCAUUAGCUUCUCAAGUUGCUGCUAUAUGGAUUGAGACUGAUGAUGAAUCAGUUGAUAAGUCAGUUCAUAUUCAGUAUCCUUUAUUAUUUCCUUGUAGUGAGUCUGGAUGGCACCAUGGAAUUCAAAGGAUUACGUGCGAAAAUAGGAAAAGAGCGCAUCAUGUUUGUGAAGAUGAUAUUCCUAUUGAUCUAGCAUCUAUCAGUGGUCCAUCUGAUUUGAUUAACCUGGAACAAAGAGUCGCUGAUCAUGGCAAGAAACAAAAAACUAAUGUCACUGCUAGGGAAUACUACUACUAUAGGUUUCAAAUGAAAAAUGACGAUGAGUCCAUGUUGUUACAUGCGCUGAGAUUGUUACAGCAGUAUGUUGUUGAUAUCUACGUUAAGAUAGAGACAUCUAGGCUUAAUUUUCACAGAAACAAACAAAAUACCAUUCGGACUAAAGCUCUUCAAGGAAUAAUGGAUAGUGUCUCUUUAGGCCAGACGUCAGGUUCUAAAGUUGGCCGGCGAAUAUAUUUGCCAGUUUCGUUUCUCAGAGGACCGCGAGAUAUGAGGCGUAGAUAUCUUGAUGCAAUAGCUUUAGCCAAAAAAUAUGGAAAGCCUGACAUUUUUUUGACCAUGACAUGCAAUCCACUGUGGCCAGAAAUUCAGGAACAUUUAAAGUACAAAGAAAAAUCUCAGGACAGACCCGAUCUUUUAGCUAGAGUGUUCAGGGCAAAGUUUGAAAUACUGAGAGUAGAGUUGGUUGCAAAGAAAAUAUUUGGAGACGUUGCAGCCUAUGUUUAUUUUAAGCCUCUUAAUCCAGAAGCCUAUGAUAAAAUUGUUUCUGCUGAGCUGCUUGAUCGUAAAGAGCGUCCUCAUCUUUAUUCUCUUGUUAUAAGACACAUGAUACAUGGCCUUUGUGGAAAAAUGAACAAAAACAGCCCUUGUAUGAAAAACGGUGUUUGCAAAAAUUACUAUCCAAAAGGGUAUUCUGAACAUACGACUCACGGUGAGGAUAGCUAUCCAAAUUAUCGCAAACGAAAGGAUGGCAAAAAAAUCAGAGUCAAAGGUUAUGAUUUGGAUAAUAGGUGGAUCAUCCCGUAUACUCCAUACUUGCUAGCUUUGAUUGAUUGUCACAUCAACGUGGAAAUUUGUUCAACUAUCAAGUUAGUUAAGUAUUUAUACAAAUACAUAUUUAAAGGCGAUGAUCUUGUCAACUUCCACAUCAUAGUUGAUGAAACACCUCAAGAUGUUGAUGAGAUCAAGGAGUUCCAGCGAGGUCGAUGGGUUUCUCUUCCAGAAGCUUUGUGGCGAAUUUAUGCAUUUCGAUUGAAUGAAAUGACCCCUGCUGUUUAUAGUCUUCAGCUCAAAGUCUCAAAUGUUUGUAUCGAGAUUUUGCUCAGCACUUUUAUGUGGACACCUGCUAAAAGAAACUGGAUAGAAAGAAGCAAACACAAGGUUAUUGGCAGGUUAGUCACUGUUAAACCAAGCGAAGGUGAUAGGUAUUAUUUAAGACUUCUUCUCUUGCAUGUUCGAGCUCGUGCAUCCUUUGAUGACUUCUUGACAGUUAAUGGAUGUAAACUGAAUUCAUUUAGAGAGGCUGCUUUAGAGCUUGGCCUCUUAGAAUCUGAUUCUUUCAUUGAGGCAACACUUGAAGAAGCUGCUGGUUUUCAGAUGCCUUCUUUGCUUAGAUUUUUAUUUGUUACUUUGCUUUUGCAUUGUGCUCCAACAAAUCCAAGUCUUUUGUGGGAAAAAUUUGAAAUGAAACUUUCCAGAGACUUCGAACGAGCGCAGACUGUUUUUUCGUCCAAAGGCCAGAGCUUUUUCAUUGAUGGUCCAGGGGGAAUGGAAAAAAUAUUUUUAUAUCGUUCUCUUCUUGCAACACUUAGAUCGCAGGGAUACAUUGCAAUAGUUGUAGCGACUUCAGGAGUUGCAACAUCACUUCUUCCUGGAGGAAGAACUACUCACUCCAGAUUUAAAAUUUCAUUGGACUUUUCCAAGAAUAAAACCUGUCAAUUGAGCAAGCAAAGCAGCAUGGCACAAUUAAUCAUUGAAUGCAAGUUGUUCUUGUGGGAUGAAGCAUCAAUGGCAAAAAGAGAAAGUAUUGAAACAUUUGAAGAAUUGCUGAAAGAUGUAAUGGAGACUGACGAUCCUUUUGGAGGCAAAGUUGUAAUUUUUGGGGGCGAUUUUCGCCAAACUCUUCCCGUUAUUCUAGGAGUUACUAAGGACCAGUUAAUUCAGGCUAGCCUCCUACAUUCUUCAUUAUGGUUUAGGAUGCACAAAAUAAAGCUAACACAGAACAUGAGGGCUGUCUUAGAUCCUGCCUUUUCACAAUUCUUGCUCGCUGUUGGGGAAGGUGCAGAACCUAGAUUUCAGGCAGAUUAUGAGGAUUUUUUGAAUUCUCAAAAUCCAAAGGUUCUUCCUCCACACAAACUCAUGCUAAAAGAAAACUGUCCCUUGAUCUUGCUCAGGAAUCUAAAUCCAGCUGAAGGAUUGUGCAAUGGCACAAGACUUAUUUGUCGACAGCUAAGACGCCACACUAUCUGUGCUGAGAUAGCUUUUGGUCAGCAUAAAGAGAAGAAGAUUUUCAUUCCCAGAAUCCCAUUACAGACACCGAAUAAUGAAAAGAAUGGGAUUCCAUUCAUCAAAACACAACUUCCAGUUCACCUUUGUUUUGCAAUGACAAUUAACAAGGCUCAAGGCCAAACUCUUGACUAUGUUGGUGUAUAUCUAAAGGAACUCAUAUUUUCUCAUGGACAAUUAUACGUUGCACUCUCUAGAGCAAAAACUGCUAAUGCAGUUAAAGUUCUCAUGCUUCCAGGAACUUUUGCUGAAGUAAAAACUGACUGCAAAACAAGAAAUAUUGUGUUUGAUGAAAUAUUGCAGUUGUCUAAUUGA